UCAUUUAUGAAACUUCAAACUAUUCAGUUUUAGAAUUUAAGUAAGUUAUAUUGUUUAAUAACCUAUUCAAUUUAAUAACAGUUUUAAGUAAAAAAAAAAAAAAAACAAUAAAGUUACAAUGGAAGUUGAAGAAAAUGAAAACGAGAAUAAUGGUCCUAUUGAAAAUGCAUGGGCUAUGAAAAUUCCUAAAUUUACACCCGAUGACAAUCCGCAUGGUCUUAUUGAAGAAAGUAAAUUUGCCACUUUAUUUCCAAAAUAUCGAGAGCAAUAUUUAAAGGAGUGUUGGCCACUGGUUCAAAAAGUGUUAAAAGAUCAUCAUAUUAUAGCCGAUUUAGACCUCAUAGAAGGAAGCUUAACAGUAAAAACAACAAGAAAAACGUGGGAUCCUUAUAUCAUAAUCAAAGCGAGAGACUUUAUGAAACUGCUUUCACGGAGUGUGCCUUUUGAACAAGCAGUGAGAGUAUUAGAAGACGAAAUAGGUUGCGAUAUUAUAAAAAUUAAUUCAUAUGUAAAUAAAAAGGAAACUUUUUUAAAACGCAGGCAAAGAUUGAUUGGCCCAAAUGGCGUGACACUUAAAUCCAUUGAAUUACUUACAGAAUGUUAUGUUCUUGUUCAGGGUAACACUGUUUCUGCUGUUGGACCAUACAAAGGUUUGGUACAAGUAAGACGAAUAAUUGAAGAUACUAUGAAAAAUAUACAUCCUAUGUAUAAUAUAAAAAGUCUUAUGAUUAAAAGAGAGUUGCUGAAAGAUCCGAGACUAAAAAAUGAAAGCUGGGAUCGCUUUUUACCCAAAUUUAAAAGUAAAAAUGUUCCAAGAAAACAACCUAAAAAUAAAGUUAAAAAGAAGCCAUAUACACCAUUCCCACCACCUCAGCCUGAAAGCAAAAUUGAUAAAGAACUUGCAACUGGUGAAUAUUUCCUUAAAGAUGAACAGAAAAGAGCUAAACAUCGUUAUGAGAAAGAAGAAAAACAGGUGCAAGCUAAGAAGACCAAAGAAGAAGAGAGGAAAAAAGGUUUUAUACCUCCUGCAGAAAACAUUACUAAACAAAAAAGUGUGGAAGAAUCUACAGUUGACAUAAACAAAUUCAAAGCAAAAAUGAAAAAAGUAUCGAAACAGAAUAAGUCCCUUAACAAAAAAGUAUAAAAUUAUUAUCAAACAGGUAGUUUAUGUUGCAUAUAUAUUUAUAGCGUACUCAAAACACAACAGGAGUCAAGCCAAACUUUGUCAUUUUAUUAAUGUGAUGUAACUGGUUGAGAUCUUAAGUAAUCUAUGAUAUAAAUUCACAAUUACAAUCUACUUGAUUGGAAGUUUCUUGUAUCUAAGAGAAUCUUGAAAGGAUAAAGAAUUAAGGAAAUUAUUUGUAACAAUUUAAACUGCUAGCGAUUGAAAAGAACCUUAAUUUAUCAUAAUAUGGUAAAAGAGAAACAAAAUUACACUUGCAUAUUUUUGUGUAGGUACUGCUUCAUAUUAUGUAUUUACUUCAGUUUUAUAAAGAUAUCAGUACUACAUUACAAAUGAUAUAUUAUUAUAUGGAACAAGUUAAUUUUAAUAAAAUUUAAUU